AUAAGUUCUUAGAAAAUCUCAGAGGGCACUUGCAGUGUCAUGUCACAUUACUUUUUGACAAAUAUUGUCAAAUUGGGUUGUCCGGAAAGUUCGUGCGUAUUUCUCAACAGAUGUCGUUUGAAGGCAAGAACGCGACACAAACUCGAAAAAAAAUAUGUGCCGUAUACGGGGAAAAUGCCGUAAGUGAUCGCAUGUGCCAGAAGUGGUUUGCUAAAUUUCGUUCAGGAGAAAUGAAUAUUGAAGAUGCUCCUCGCUCUGGCCGGCCAGUCACCACCGAUGUCGACCAAAUUACAGCUUUAAUCGAUUCCGAUCGGCAAAUCACAGUUCGGGAAAUCGCAGCAAGGUUAAACAUUGGCAAAUCAGUUGUUUCCGAACAUUUAAACAAGCUCCAGAUUAUAAAAAAGCUUGAUGUUUGGGUACCGCACGACUUAACUGAAAAAAAUCGUAUUGAUCGCAUUUCCAUCAGCGAUUUGCUAUACAAACGCAACGAAUACGAUCCAUUUUUGAAGCGUAUCAUAAUAGGCGACGAAAAGUGGAUAAUUUAUAAUAAUGUCGAGCGUAAAAGGUCAUGGAGCAAGCGAGGUGAACCGCCAUCGACCACUCCGAAGGCAGGUUUACAUCCAAAGAAGACAGCUGUGAAAACGUACCUCGACCAGUUUUUCGCCUCUAAGCCCCAGACCUUCUAUGAGAGCGGAAUAAUGAAAUUAUUGGAAAGAUGGCAAGAGGUCAUCAACAAAAACGGAGAAUAUAUUAUUGAUUAA